AUGACUCACCCCCUGCAUCAGUCAUUUCCCUACUUUCCCCAGGUCACAGGAGUUCUGGAGGAGUUUGACCAUAGCUCUUCCUUGGCCAAUCUCAUGUCAAUCUACCAGGCAGCCAACAGGACAGCCUUCAACUGGACAGACAGUCGGAUUGUUGAGUGGGAGAAGUUUGCUGAGCUGGCCAAGUAUGAACCAGAGUCCCAGAAGCCCACAGUGAAAGCUCUUCUAAUUGUGGCAUACUCAGUUAUCAUCAUCAUAUCCCUGUUUGGCAACAUGCUGGUCUGCCACGUGGUGAUCAAGAACAAGAGGACGCACUCAGCCACCAGUCUCUUCAUUGUCAACCUGGCAGUGUCCGAUAUCAUGAUCACUCUGCUCAACACUCCUUUCACUCUGGUUCGGUUUGUGAACAGCACGUGGGCCUUUGGAAAGGCCAUGUGUCAUAUCAGCCGCUUCGUGCAGUACUGCUCUCUUCAUGUCUCCACACUCACCCUGACAGCCAUAGCUCUGGACAGACAUCAGGUUAUUCUGAACCCACUAAAGCAAAGGAUGUCACUAACAAGAGGAGCGCUGAGCAUUUCUGUUAUCUGGCUGAUGGCAACCUGCUUCUCCCUGCCCCAUGCAAUCUAUCAGAAGCUUUUCCAGUACAACUACCGGGAAGCUACUGUCCGGAGUUUGUGUCUUCCUGAUUUUCCUGAGCCUGCAGAACUGGUGUGGAAAUACUUGGACCUUUCCACCUUCCUCCUCCUCUACCUCUUGCCCCUUCUGAUCAUCACCAUCACCUACGCACACCUGGCCAAGAAGCUGUGGCUGCGCAAUGCCAUUGGGGACAUCACCACGCAGCAGUACAUCACCCACCACAAGAACAAGAAGAAGAGUAUCAAGAUGCUGGUGUUGGUUGUGGUGGUUUUUGCUGUCUGCUGGUUCCCACUCAACUGUUAUGUAGUGCUCAUCUCCAGCCUUGGCAUCAAGACCAAAAACUCCCUCUAUUUCGCUCUGCACUGGUUUGCCAUGAGCAGCACUUGCUAUAACCCCUUCAUUUACUGCUGGCUGAACGAGAGCUUCCGCUCAGAGCUCAAGUCCUUACUCAGCAUGUGCCAGAAGGUCCCACAAACACAAGACAAUGUGUUGCCAGCUGUGAUCAUGGCCUAUCGAGAGGCAUGGAUCGAGCAAGCCAGGUACAAGCAGAGGCCUUCCUCACAGAGCAUUCGCUCCACCACAAAUGUGCAGACAGUCAACACAGAUUUGUGA